UGUACAGGAUCUGCCCACAGAUCUCGGUAUGCGAUUUGAAUUUGUGCGUGGAAACAAUUUUUUUAGUGAAAAGUGGAAGCAGAAAAAUCUUUUUCUUUGUGAAUUAUUUUACCUAAAAUGUCUUGUGGAAAAGACUUUGAGGAUACCAUGGGUGUGUGUAAUUUGGUGCUUAAUGACGGGACUAUCCUGCACGGGGAGAGCUUUGGCUUUCUCGGCGAUGUGGACGGAGAGGUGGUCUUCACGACUUCCAUGGUGGGCUAUACGGAACAGAUGUCUGAUCCCUCCUUUGAGGGACAGAUCCUCGUCUUCACGUACCCCCUCAUUGGGAACUACGGCAUUCCGUGUGACAAUAAGACUGACCAGUGGGGCCUCCUGGAGUUCUUUGAGUCCAUUUUCAACUGUGCUGCGAUUGUGGUGGGUGAGUACUGUCGAGCCCCAUCGCACUGGCUCAAAUCAAAGACUCUGGAUGAGUGGAUGCAGGACAAGAAGAUUCCCGGAAUUAGUGGCGUUGAUACGAGAUUGCUGACCAAGAAGAUUCGGGAAUCCGGAGUGUUGCUUGGGCGUAUUGUACAAGGGAAGGCCGAUGAAAGUUCCCCAAAGGCAUCAUUCUCUGACCCAAAUGCAACAAAUUUGGUGGAUAAAGUUUCCCUGAAGGCGCCGAAGACAUUCAAUCCUGACGGGAAGAUUCGCAUUUGUGCCAUUGAUUGUGGAUUGAAAUUCAACCAGAUCCGGUGCUUGGCUAAACGUGGAGCAAGAGUUGAUGUCGUCCCGUGGAAUCAUCCCAUCGAUGGGAAGAAUUUUGACGGAUUAUUCCUCAGCAAUGGGCCAGGAGAUCCGUCAAUGUGCAAGGAGACCAUUGAGAACAUUCGCAAGUUCCUCAACAAUUCGGAGAGAGUUAAGCCAAUCUUUGGCAUCUGCCUGGGGCAUCAGCUACUCAGCUUGGCCAUUGGGUGCAAAACGAAGAAGAUGAAGUACGGGAAUCGUGGCGUGAAUCUUCCGUGUUUGCACCACGACACCGGCAAGUGCUUCAUGACAUCCCAGAAUCAUGGAUAUGCCGUCGAUGUGGACACCCUUCCGGCGGAUUGGGAAGUUCUCUUCACGAAUGUCAAUGAUCAAUCCAAUGAGGGCAUUGUGCACAAGACUCUGCCUUAUUUCAGCACUCAAUUCCAUCCCGAACACUUCGGUGGCCCUGAAGAUUUGGAAAUUCUCUUUGAUGUCUUCCUCCGGCUCGUUCAGGAGGGAAUUCAGGGCAAAGUAGGAUGCGCCAAGGAUGAAUUGAUCGCAUCAUUGUCUUCCCCAAUGCCAGAUGCAAUCGAAAGACCCACAAAGGUCCUCAUUUUGGGAUCAGGAGGACUCUCAAUUGGCCAGGCGGGAGAAUUUGAUUACUCCGGCUCACAGGCAAUAAAAGCUCUUCGAGAGGAGAAAAUUCAAACAAUCCUGAUCAACCCCAAUAUUGCAACGGUGCAGACGUCCAAGGGGAUGGCGGAUAAAGUCUACUUCCUGCCCAUUACGCCGGAAUACGUUGAGCAAGUUAUCAAGGCGGAGAGACCUUCGGGAGUCCUCUUGAGCUUCGGUGGCCAGACUGGGCUCAAUUGUGGCGUUGAAUUGGAUAAAUUGGGCAUCUUCCGGAAGUACAAUGUGAAGAUUCUCGGGACGCCCAUUCAGUCGAUUAUCAUGACUGAAGAUCGAGAAAUCUUUGCUCAGCACAUGGAGAUGAUUGGGGAGAAAGUUGCCCCAUCGGAGAUUGCUCACAACGUCGAGGAAUGCCUCCGAUCGGCCAAGAGAUUGGGCUAUCCUGUGAUGAUUCGUGCUGCAUUUUCUCUCGGCGGUUUAGGUUCGGGUUUCGCCAACAAUGAAGCAGAACUCCGGAAUUUGGCUAAUCAGGCAUUGGCUCACUCCAGUCAGCUAAUCAUUGACAAGUCCCUGCGUGGGUGGAAGGAGGUGGAGUAUGAGGUUGUUCGCGAUGCCUUUGAUAAUUGCAUAACGGUGUGCAAUAUGGAGAAUGUGGAUCCUCUGGGGAUUCACACGGGCGAGAGUAUUGUCGUCGCACCGUGUCAGACGCUCAACAAUCGCGAAUGGAAUAUGCUGCGAACUUGCGCUCUGAAGGCCAUUCGGCAUCUGGGCGUUGUUGGUGAAUGCAACAUUCAGUACGCUCUGAAUCCCAACAGCGAAGAGUAUUUCAUCAUUGAGGUGAAUGCACGUCUGUCCAGGAGUUCAGCUCUUGCCAGCAAAGCCACGGGGUACCCACUGGCCUAUGUUGCAGCUAAAUUAGCUCUCGGGAAGUCUCUGCAUGAGCUACGGAAUUCCGUGACGGGCGUCACAACGGCCUGUUUUGAGCCGAGUCUCGAUUAUUUGGUCGUGAAGGCACCACGUUGGGAUUUAUCGAAAUUCGCCCGGGUCACGCGGAAGAUUGGCAGCAGCAUGAAGAGCGUGGGUGAGGUGAUGUCAAUUGGGCGGAACUUCGAGGAGGCCUUCCAGAAAGCCCUGAGAAUGGUGGAUGAUUCAGUGCCGGGCUUUGAUCCGUAUUUGAAGCCCGUAAAUGAUGCUGAACUAAUGGAGCCCACGGAUAAGAGGAUGUUCCAUUUGGCAGCGGCCAUCAAGGCAGGUUACUCCGUGGACAAGCUGUACGAAUUGACGAAGAUUGAUCGAUUUUUCCUGGAGAAAAUGAAGCGAAUCAUUGACUACACAACCUUCCUGGAGCGGCAGUCGAGCUCAAGUCUCAACGGGGAGAUGUUGAUGAAGGGAAAGAAGAUGGGAUUCUCCGAUAAGCAAAUAGCCAAGGCGAUCAAGAGUACGGAGCUGGCUGUCCGGAAGUUGCGGAGUGAGAAGAACAUUGUGCCAUUUUGCAAACAAAUCGACACGGUGGCUGGAGAGUGGCCAGCAGCCACCAAUUAUCUCUACUUGACGUACCACGGCAUGGAAGCUGAUCUGGAAUUCCCUGGAGGAUACACAAUUGUCGUGGGAUCGGGAGUUUAUCGAAUUGGGAGCUCUGUGGAGUUUGAUUGGUGCGCUGUGAACUGCCUGAUGGAGUUGCGAAAGAUGAAUGUGAAGACAAUCAUGAUAAACUAUAAUCCCGAAACUGUGAGCACGGACUACGAUAUGUGUGAUCGACUCUACUUUGAGGAGAUCACCUUUGAAGUUGUCAUGAAUAUCUAUGAGAUGGAACAACCUUAUGGGAUAAUUCUUUGCAUGGGUGGGCAACAGCCUAAUAAUAUCGCCAUGAAUUUGUUUUUAGCUCAUGCAAGAAUCCUUGGAACUUGUCCAGAGAAAAUUGAUAAAGCAGAGAAUCGUUUUAAAUUCUCCCGGGCGUUGGAUACGAAGGGAAUCCUUCAGCCACGUUGGAAGGAGUUGACAAAUUUCGAUGAAGCUUUGGAGUUUUGCAAAGAAGUUGGAUAUCCUUGCUUGGUGAGACCGUCUUAUGUCCUUUCGGGAGCUGCAAUGAAUGUUGCUCAUUCGGACAAAGAUCUCGAGGCGUACCUCAGUGCUGCAUCGGAGGUUAACAAAGAUCAUCCCGUUGUGAUCUCCAAGUUCAUCAUGGAGGCCAAGGAGAUUGAUGUGGAUGCAGUGGCACGUGAUGGGGGGAUUCUCUGUUUAGCCAUUUCGGAGCACGUUGAGAAUGCGGGCGUUCAUUCGGGGGAUGCCACCCUCGUGACACCGCCGCAGGAUAUUAAUGAUGAAACUCUCGCAAAAAUCCGGGAGAUUGCGAAUGACAUUGCAAAACUUCUGGAUGUGUCUGGGCCGAUGAAUAUGCAGCUGAUUGCAAAGAAUAAUGAACUGAAGGUGAUUGAAUGCAAUGUUCGUGUUUCACGAUCAUUCCCAUUUGUCUCAAAGACACUCGGGCAUAAUUUCAUUGAAACGGCAACAAAGGUGAUCAUGAAUAAACUUGUAAGUCCGGUUGACGUUGUUAGAGGAUCCGUGAAAAUCGGCGUGAAAGUUCCGCAAUUUAGUUUUUCUCGUCUUGCGGGGGCUGAUGUGAUGCUUGGUGUUGAGAUGGCGUCAACCGGGGAGGUGGCAUGCUUUGGGGAUAAUCGUUAUGAGGCCUACCUAAAAGGGAUGCUCUCAACUGGCUUUAAAAUCCCCAAGAAAGCCAUUCUCUUGAGCAUUGGAAGACACAGGCACAAAAUGGAGUUACUCCCAUCGGUUAAGACGCUCCAAGAAAUGGGCUAUAAGUUGUAUGCCUCAAUGGAUUCUGCAGAUUUCUAUUCACAGCAGGGUAUUAAGAUCAAUCCCGUUCGAUGGGAAUUUGAUUCAGUGGCUUCAUGCAGUGAGCAAAAGUCUGAUGUGGAUGAAAUUAAGGAAUUAUCAGACUUCUUAUCAAGUGAGAAUUUUGAUUUGGUUAUAAAUAUUCCAAUGAGUGGUGGUGGAGCACGUCGUGUGUCCUCAUUCAUAACACACGGCUACAGAACACGUCGUUUAGCUGUUGAUCAUUCAGUUCCUCUAAUAACGGAUGUAAAAUGUGCCAAAAUGUUCAUUGAGGCAUUAAGACAGUGUGGUGGGCAGGCUCCACUACUCAGGCAUCAUACAGAUUGUCUCAAUAAGCUCCGUCAGCUGCCUGGUUUCAUUGAUGUGCACACGCACGUGCGUGAGCCGGGAAAUACAAAUAAGGAGGACUACAGGACGUGCACAGCUGCUGCUCUUGCCGGAGGUAUAACAAUGAUCCUCGCCAUGCCAAAUACAAAUCCCUGUGUGACUGAUAAGAAAAGCUUUGAGAUGGUAAAAGAUUUGGCAAAAGCCAAUGCAAGGUGCGACUAUGCGAUCUUCGUGGGAGCCUCACUAAAUAAUUUUGAUACAAUCAGUGAAUUUAGUUCAGAAGCGGCUGCUUUGAAGAUGUACCUCAAUGAAACGUCCACGAAUUUAAUGCUAAAGGACAUGAUUGAAUGGCAUGAAUAUGCAAAGAAGUGGCCUAAGAAUGCUCCUUUGGUGAUUCACGGAGGAAUAAUGGCCGUUGGAACGAUGAUCUUUCUCUCAAGUAUUGUUGAUCGUCCCAUACAUAUAUGUCACGUGGCGCGUAAGGAGGAGAUUCACUUGAUACGUGUUGCCAAGGAGAAGGGUUUAAAGGUCACGUGUGAGGUGUGUCCGCACCAUUUAUUCCUUUCGCGCGAAGAUAUUCCGCGAAUUGGUGAGAAAUUAUCCGAAGUACGUCCUGUGUUGUGUAGCAAGGAAGAUCAGCGGGCUCUCUGGGAUAAUCUCGAUGUGAUUGAUAUCUUUGCCACGGAUCAUGCACCGCAUACGUAUGAGGAGAAGACACGAUCAGAGAAUGGUCUUCCCGGAUUUCCCAUUCUCGAGACAAUCCUCCCCCUUUUGCUGAAUGCCGUCUCCGAAGGACGCCUCACAUUGGAGGAUAUUGUGAAGCGUUUCCACCUCAACCCGAAGAAGAUCUUCAACUUACCCGAUCAGCCAAAUACGUACGUUGAGGUGGACAUGGAUGAAACGUGGGAAAUUCCCAAAUUCACGAAAUACUGCAAAUCUCAAUGGACACCAUUCCAUGGGAUGAAGAUUCGCGGGAAGGUGCAUCGUGUUGUGCUGCGCGGGGAGGAAGUUUUUGUGGAUGAUGAGGUACUAGCAAAGCCGGGAUUUGGUCAAAAUGUUCGUGAAAAUGCACCAAAAGGCUGUUUGGUGGAUGUUGAGGCAGUUGAACCUUUGGGUGAUUCAAAAUUAAUUGAUGAGUCAACACCUAUUCCGGCUAAGCGGAAGUCUCGCUUUGGAUUUUCCUGCUGUAUGGGAACAGAUGUCUAAAGAAUGCAAAAAAUUAAUUUGGCCUAAAAAAUCAAGAGAGAAAAACUCGAAAUUUAAUAAAUUUUUGUAUUUUAUUUUUCAACACAAAAUAAUUAUAAAGAAAAUAAUUUUUGGCGCUAAAAAUUGUAAUAAGUAAUAUAUUUUUAAUGCUUUUGAAUAUUUUUUUUAAAUAAAUUAACGUGCCCUUUAUUCCUUAAAAAAAAAAAAAUAAA